AUGGACACUGGCAUGCGCCGUGUUGCAGCAAUAUGCAAUGUGACAAUUUCAUCAACUUGUAGACACACCUGCUCUGUAAAUAAACAAAUGAUGAAUCUGAUCCUGUUUGUUUUGCUUCAUUUAAUUGUUUCUGUGCAGUCAAAAAUAACUGCUAAGAAUAAAACAUUACUAAUUAAAGCAGGAGACCCAUUUACACUUCAGUGUGAUGACCCUUCAGCAAAAUGGAAAUUAAAUGAGAAGAUUAUAUCUAACUGUGAAAAUUGUCAUUCAUCCAAAUGUAAUAUUGAUGAAGCUUACAAGAAUCGAAUUACUGCUUUUUGUAGACAAGGAUAUUCUGUACUUCACUUCAAUUUAACUCAGAUUGGGGAUAAAGGAUCUUUACAAUGUCCAGAAUCUGAUUCUACUACUUUCCAAAUUCUUGUAGGAAAUUAUAAUAUCACACACUUUCAUUCUGAAAAUAAAUUCUCUUUUGCCUUGAAACAAAAGAGUUAUACAUUGCAAAAGAAAGGAACAUUUCACAUAAAACAAGUUUCCUUAAGUCAAGAUGGAAAUAUGAUUGGCUGUGAAAGUGCAGGACAGCUUUACUUAUUCCAUUUAACAGUAAAUGUUCCUGUCACAUCAGUAUCUAUUCAUUUUCCAAGUCAAGAUCUUCUUGAAAAUAAAGAUGGAAUAUUUGUUUGUAAAGCUGAAGAGUCAAAACCAGAAGCUUCCUUUCAGUGGUUUAUUGCUUAUCAGAAUGGAUCAUUGCAGAAAAUUCAACAGAAAUUCUCAAUAUCUAAGACAGCUAAAGGAAAACUUUGGCAAACAAAUUCCACUCUAAUACUGAAAUUAAAGAGAGACUAUAAGAAGAUUAUGUGCAAAGCAAGAAUUGAAAAUAUGCCCUGGACAAAUUCAAAAGAUAAAUCAUUAGAUAUAAAAUAUCUACCUCAAGGAAAGCCAAGAAUCAUUUUGUCCCAAUCUGGAAUAUGUGCAGGGAAAUCUAUAGAAAUUAAAUGUGAAUGGAAAGGUGGAAAGCAUAUUGGUAAAGAAGAUAAUGUGACUGAAGAACUGGAUAUUCAGUAUCCUCCCAGUAACGUAACAAUCAGUCAGACAUCAUAUCUUGAAGGGCAAACUGCAUCUUUAAUUUGUGUGGCAUCAGGUGGUAAUCCUAAAGUUGACAAUUACACAUGGUCACCUGACAAUUAUCCUCCUGCAAAUGUAAUUAAAAUAAACUUAACUCGAGCCUUGAACAAAAAAACACUGACUUGUAAUGGGCAUCAUAAAUGUAAGGGAGAUAAUCCUGUAUCUUCAACCAUAAAACUCAAUGUAGAAUAUUAUCCCAUCAUAAAUACAAUUGAUAAUAUGACAAAAAAAGAAAUUCAGAAGUAUUCUUUAAAAGUUAUCAAUCCAGUUGGAGAAAGGUCUUUUGAAUUGACUUUAGAUUCAGGGAUUCCAGAUAAAUCAUAUAUAUAUAUAAUCAUAUCUUGUGUGAUUGGAGUAAUUGUCAUUUUUAUUAUUGCUGGAAUUGUUUUUUUCAUAUAUCGAAGAUUAUCAAAGAAAAAGGAAAGUGACGCAAAUCUUGUUGAUAAUAAUAAUUCAGUGGCUGAUGGAGAAAUAGUCAACAAUGUAAUCUAUGAUAGCUUUUCUGGUGUUGAAAAUAAUUCAGCAUCACAAGUAGAACCAUUAUAUGCUCAAGUUAAUAAAACCUCCAAACCCUUGAACAAAAUAAAUUAUGGAAAUGCAGCAGAUUUGUAUGCAAAAAUUGAUAAAUCAAAGAAGACAAAACCUCAAGACAUGAAUGAAAACACAGAAAAUUUGUAUGCAAAUGUUGAUAAAUUAAAGCCCAAAUCUCAAGACACAAAAGAUAAUGUAGCAGAUUUGUAUGCAAAAAUUGAUAGAUCAAAGAAGACAAAACCUCAAGACAUGAAUGAAAACACAGCAGAUUUGUAUGCAAAAAUUGAUAAAUCACAGAAGACCCAAUCUCAAGGUAAAAAUGCAAAGAAAAAACCUGCACCAAGACCUGCACAAAAACCUCCUGCUCCAAAUAUUAAAGCUAAAUUGAAGACUGAAUCAAGUGAAAAUAUUUAUGAAAACCUAGAGAUGAAAGAAAAAAAGACAGAUCAAACUGAAUUGAUGUAUGCUGACCUUGAAUUCAUCAACAAAGCCAACACUAAGCAAGAUCCCAUUAAAACAAAUAAUGAAGACCAAACUAUGUAUGCUUCCAUUGAUUUUUCCUCCAAAGAACCUGCCACUCAGUAA